GCCAGAUUACUGAAGUACUUGACACCUACUACGAUUUCAACGAACCUACAGAGCCACUUAAAGAUGUUGUGCUUGGUUCUGAGAAAGGAGAAAUUGAUUUAAAAUCGUUUCUUGAAAAGCUUGCCGCUGAAUGCAACACUCUCAUACAAAAGUGGACCCAAGCAAAGAAAAAGAACUUACCCAAAAAAUCUCUGAAAGAUAAUAAUACUGAAAAGAAUGAAGGAAUCAAA